CAGAAGCUAAAGUCUCUCCCCCUUUCCAUUUCAAUGGCGCUUCGUAGAGCGCUCUCGAAGCGCCUAUUACUAAACGACAGUAGUACUAAAACAGGCUCCACUUUAUUUCCGUUCUCGUCCUCCUUAAACUCUGAAAAUGCUGCCGUUCCUAAGGCACCGCUACACCGAGAAUACCUCACCUCGCCGGAGUUCUCAAAAACCGGCUUCUUCCGCCGCUUCCUCCAGCAAAAGAGAGGAUUUAACCAAGCAGCACCCACUAUGCUGCCGGAAUUCCUAUCCCUCCCCGUGGGUGAAAAACUCAGGGAGAAAUUAAGGUCCAUUAAUAUUCCCGGAGACCGACUCCGUUUUGACCCAAUACUACCUCCAUCUAUGGCGCCCGCAACGGAGACGCAGGUAGGAGGAAUCUCGGUGGCUGAUGCUAAGAAGAUUCUGAGGUCAGCUCAGCUGGAAAAGCUGAGAUUACGACUUCGAGAGAUUCCGAUGAGCUCCAUUUCUUACUCCGAAUACGUCAAGAUAUGCGGCGAUGCCUGCGAAAAUAACGAGCAAGGCUUGGAGUUUGCAAAGAUGUUGGAUGACGCCGGAAAUGUCAUCGUCGUCGGCAACGUGGUCUUCCUCCGCCCCGAUCAGGUGUCAAAAUCAGUGGAGCAACUAAUCUCGCAAUCAGUAGCCAGACCAAAUGAUCCGAGAAGGAGAGAAUUGGAUCAGAUGGAAGAGCAAAAGGCCUCCAUUGAUCAGAAAGCCGAGUCACUGGUUAGAGCAGAGUUGUACUGCGGGUUGGGAAUAGUGGUCCUUCAAACACUGGGCUUUAUGAGGCUAACUUUCUGGGAGCUGAGCUGGGAUGUGAUGGAGCCCAUUUGCUUCUUCGUGACGUCACUCCACUUUGCACUUGCCUACGGUUUCUUUCUCAGGACGUCAAAAGAGCCUUCUUUUGAAGGCUACUUCCAACGCCGGUUCAGAGGAAAGCAAAGAAAGCUGAUGAAGAUUCACAAUUUUGAUAUCGAAAAGUAUAAUCAGCUCUGCCGGGCUUUUUAUCCCAAUAAUUAUGGCGAUCAAGCAUGUUUUAGAACCUAUUAAUCAUGCAAGAGGAGCAGUUUUUGGUUCCAUACAUGACGGUUGAGUACAAGUUUUUAGUGUACAUUUGAGGACACGUUUUAAGUCAUGCAAAAACGUUAGAAGAGACGGGGGGUACUAAUCAUGCAUUACUUCAAACUCAUGCUGUUGCUUUUAAAGCAGCUGAAGUGUCGUCUGUAAGAGGCCGAGGCGGAGACAAAGUGGGGGGUAGUGGGGUAAAUUGCCCCGAUGGAUCCCGUCAAAAUCUCGAUAUCUAUACAUAAAAUUAUAAUUUUAUCGUCACACUUAAA